GCAACUCCAUUCUAUCCACUGCCCUGCUGCUUCCGGUGGAGACUGAGAGCAAUUGUGCCGGAGGUCGGGCGAGCACCGGGAACACCGGCCGAUAACGGGGAGCGCUAGCUGUGCUCUUACCUAGGACUGCAGGCUCUCCUCCUCCUCAUCAUGGCGCUCAGCGUUGCCUCCCAGUUCUUCUCCCAGGAUGAUUCGGCCUCAGAUGUCGUCUCCACCUCGGAGAAGGUGGUGGAGUUGCUGAACAUGGCGGCCCUCGCCACCAACGAUUCCAAGAUCACCAUGCUGAAGCAGGUCCAAGAGCUGAUCAUAAACAAGGACCCCACGCUGCUGGACAACUUCCUGGAUGAGAUUAUCGCUUUCCAGGCCGACAAGUCUGUGGACGUUCGCAAGUUUGUGGUGAAUUUCAUAGAAGAAGCCUGUAAGCUGGACAGCGAGCUCCUCGUCAAGCUGAUCGCCAACCUGCACAUGUUACUGAAGGACGAGAACGUCAACGUGGUGAAGAAGUCCAUCCUGACCAUGACCCAGCUCUACAAAGUGGCCCUUCAGUGGGUGGCCCGGUCCCGUCCGACAACGGAACGUCAGGAGUCCUGCUGGGAUCUGGUCGCUGAGAUGGCUGCCGACAUUCUCCAGCUUCUGGAGUCGGACAACGAUGGCAUCCGCACGCACGCGGUGAAGUUUGUGGAGAGCUUGAUUGUCACCUUGUCCCCUCGUACUGCGGACAGUGAGAUUCCCCGGAGGCAGGAGGGGGACAUCAGCCUGGAGCAGAUCCCCACCGAUCACCCCUUCCUGAAGUACAACAAGCUGCGAGAUGUCGGGAAGCAGGCGGUGACGGAGCUCCUGAAGUUCAUGGCUCACCCGGCCAUCUCCAGCAUCAACCUGACGGCGGCGCUCGGCUCCUUGGCCUCCAUCGCCCGUCAGAGACCCAUGUUCAUGGCGGAGGUGAUCCAAGCCUAUGAGACUCUGCAUGCAAACUUACCUCCAACUCUUGCCAAAUCUCAAGUGAGCAGCGUUCGAAAAAACCUGAAGCUGCAAUUGCUUAGUGUUCUCAGACACCCGUCCUCUUGUGAAUACCAAGGUCCCAUCAGCACCCUUCUAAUGGAUCUGGGCACUGCACAGGCGGAGAUCACACGCCACCUCCCCCCACCUAGGGAUCUUGGGCGGAAGAGGACGAGGGAGGGCGGCGAAGGAGCUCAGAAGAAGAGCCGCACAGAUGCAUCGUUGGCUGAUGAUGACGAUGACAAGGACGCCAUUUCCACCGCUACCUUACCGCCUGCGGCCCCGAGCUCCCUGUCUGCUACGGACAUCACUGCGGAGUUUCUUCAGCCGCUGCUCGCUCCAGAAAGCGUGGCCAACCUGGUCCUGAUCAGCAUGGUCUACCUGCCGGACACCAUGCCGGCCUCCUUUCAGUCCACCUACACUCCAGUGGAGUCUGCAGGAACAGACGCUCAGAUCCGCCAUCUUGCCCGUCUCAUGGCCACGCAGAUGACUGCAGCCGGGAUCGGACCUGGUGCUGAGAAGGUGACGGAAGCUCCGGUGGAAGUGGUGGAGGAGGAAAGCGCCAAGCCAGAGGGGCUCGUCAUCAGGAGAAGGGUCUCCUCCCUGCCCACCCAGGGCCAGGCCAUCUCUGUGGUGGGCUCCCAGGCCAAGGAUACAAAGGAUGAAGAUUUAGGGGCCCCACUUGCCAAAAAAAGACCUGAGCCUAUCCUGCCGGUGCCCCAGCUGAGGGCGUCUGGAGCCGGAGGCCGUAAGAAGAUCUUCAGACUGAAGGAAGUGAUGGAGCCACUGAGCGAUCCUCAGAUCCGGAACCUGAAGCUGGCAGCUGUGCUGAGGAUCCUGCAGGCGGAGCGCAGCGUGGGGGGCAGCGGGGCAGCUCAGAUGCGGGUGAAGGUUCUGGCCCGAUUGGUGACCCAUCUGGAUACGUCGCUGAAGGCUGAAGUCUUGAGCCACUUUCUCUGUGACCCUCGUGGACGUCUGGACCUGGCUCUAGCCUGGCUUUUCCAGGAGUAUUGCGAAUACCAGUCUGGGGCAGGGGAAGAUGGCUAUCAGGAGUGCUUGAUUGGUAUCCUGACCGGACUGCAGGAACGGCCAGACCAGAGAGACGGGGUCUUCACCAAAGUGGUUCUGGAGGCUCCUCUAUUGACAGACUCUGCACUGGACGUCAUUCGCAAAUACUGUGAGGACGAGGGUCGCAGUUACCUAGGGAUGUCCACGUUGAGGGAUCUCAUCCUCACCCGCCCGGCUCGGCAGUUUCAGUAUUUGCAUUUACUUCUGGACCUGAGCUCCAAUGAGAAGGACAAGGUCCGGCAGCAAGCUCUGCUCCUUAUUAAACGCAUGUACGAGAAGGAAAGUCUCCGGCAAUACAUAGAAAAGUUUGCACUUAAUUACCUGCAGCUGCUGGUCCACCCCAACCCUCCCUCUGUGCUCUUUGGGGCAGAUAAGGACACAGAGGUGGCUGCUCCUUGGACGGAGGACACGGUGAAGCACUGUCUCUACCUCUACCUGGCCUUACUACCACAGAACCACAAGCUCAUCCACGAGCUGGCAUCCGUCUACACAGAAGCCACAGCGGACAUCAAGCGGACAGUGCUGCGUGUCAUUGAGACCCCGAUCCGGGGCAUGGGCAUGAACUCUCCAGAGCUGCUCCUGUUGGUGGAGAAUUGCCCCAAAGGGGCAGAAACCCUGGUGACUCGUUGCCUGCACAUCUUAACUGAUAAAGUUCCUCCCUCCCCUGAGCUUGUCAAACGUGUGCGGGAUCUGUACCAGAAGCGCCUGCCAGACGUCCGCUUCCUGAUCCCUGUGCUGAACGGCCUGGAUAAGAAGGAAGUCGUUCAGGCUUUACCCAAACUCAUCAAACUCAACCCCAUUGUUGUGAAAGAAGUCUUCAAUCGACUGCUUGGAACCCAGCAUGGAGAUGGAAGUAGCUCAAUGUCUCCCCUGACUCCUGGAGACCUUCUGGUUGCUCUUCAUAACAUCGACUCCAGUAAAUGUGACAUGAAAUCCGUCAUUAAAGCCACCAACCUUUGCUUCUCUGCCCGCUCGGUGUAUACAUCUGAAGUGCUGGCGGUGGUCCUUCAACAGCUGAUGGACACCACACCGCUACCCAUGCUUCUUAUGAGGACUGUUAUCCAAGCCCUAGGCAUGUAUCCCAGGCUAGGGGGCUUCAUUAUGAACAUCCUCACACGUCUCAUCUACAAGCAGGUCUGGAAGUAUCCAAAGGUUUGGGAGGGUUUCAUUAAAUGCUGCCAAAGAACCAAGCCACAGUCCUUUAGUGUCCUCCUCCAGCUCCCUCCUCCACAGCUGCAGUCAGUCCUCCAGACAUCUCCUGAUCUCCGAGAUCCCCUCCUGGCUCAUGUCAGGACCUUUACCCCUAACCAGCUGGCCCAUGUUCCUCAUGCCAUUGUGGCAAUUCUAGAAGCUCAAUCCAGAACGGACACUGAAUCAGACGAUGUUGCCCAGGCAGAAGAGGUGGCAGAGAUUACAUCCCAAGACACAGUUGCACACCGUCUUGCCCAAGAAAAAUCAGCCAAGCGGCAGCUUCUAGAGGAGCAGAAAGAAAAAAGUGUGCAGAAGGUGGAUGAGGAAACUGAGCUGGAUCUCCCUGUUAUUCUACUAGAUGAAGAGGAAGAGAUGGUGAUGAAAAGUCAGGGGAAAGAGUCUCCUCAAGAAGCUGAGAGCGCCCCUGCCAACACCACACGUUCUCCACCCCCUGAGGAGCCAAUGGAAGAAGGACUAGACCAAAGAGAAGAUUAGAUCACCCCUCGUUGUCACAUUGUAGUUUCUGACAAAUAAAAUGUGUCUCUUGUCCGGGGCCAACACGAUUUUUAAAGUGGAUUUCCAGGUGCCUUGUGUGUUCUUGGCCGAUAGUUAGAAAUUCCUUUUUACCACGUUCUCCCGUUCUCCUUCCCUGUACAUUGGAUGUCAAUAGGAGCAGCACCACUAGUUGUCUGUAGCUCCGGUGUUGACUUCUGCGCUGGACCCCACAAAUCAUCUAAUGAUGGUGUAUUCUGAGGAUCGACCAGGCUGGACAAUCCGUUUUAAGUGGUGCCAUUAAAAAUACAACUAUUGGUUGUUUUCCAAUAAUCGAUCUCU